UCUGACCGAAGUGUAACAUGAACUUAUGACUUUAAAUCAGUCAUUAAAGUCAAAUCAGGGUCUGUAUUGCACUAAACAUAAUGAAAACCGUGAAAGGGCAUGUUAUAAAACACAAUGACUACCUUUAACUAUUUUGGGCAGAUGGGCAUCUUGAUGCUGGCCCGUCCAAAGUGUUCUGAAACAAGCUGACGCGGGACCCGCCUGCCAAAAUGCUGCUGUAAGUAGGCGGCAUUGAACACAACCAGUAGAAUCUACUGCUUCGCUAUACUUUACUACUGUUUAUAAACACAAAAACGGUGCUCUCACACUGCUGAUGUCUUGACUGGGAGGAGGCGUUUAUGGUUUAGUCAUAGUGGCUAAAUAAGCAGAUGUUUCCUAUGGCUUCGUUGUCUUUCACCGGCGUCGGAUUCGAUUGCAUCUUUUAACAGGACUUGAAGGAUGGCAGCAAAGGAGGAUUUGUACAGUAAUAUUAUCCCGCGCAGACUUCGACGGAGCGGUUGUGUCUCUGUCAAGCAUGGGUCCCGUCUGGAUGUGCUUCUGGCGAUGGGAUUCCCUCAGCAUAGAGCAUUGAAAGCUCUGGCAUCAACUGGAGGCAGAAGUGUUCAGCUAGCUUGUGACUGGCUGUUCUCCCAUUUGGAUGACCCCUAUCUGGAUGACCCUUUACCCAGGGAGUAUGUGCUAUAUUUGUGUCCCAGUGGGCCUUUACAAAACCAACUUUCCAAUUUCUGGCAGCAGUCUCGCUUAACCUGUGGCAAGAACAAAGCUCACAACAUAUUUCCACAUAUCACACUCUGUCUGUUCUUUAAGUGCCCAGACAAUAAAGUUAUGGCUGUCUGUGAAGCCCUGCAGUCCACGGUGAAUCAAUGGAGGGGGAGAUUUCCCAGCCCUCUGCCCCUGGAGCUUUACACCUCCACUAACUUCAUUGGGCUGUUUGUGGAGGAACAGGUGGCUGAGACGCUAAAGAAGUUUGCUUCUGACUUUGCGGUGGAGGCUGCCACUAAAGCUGAUGUUCAUGUGGAACCCCAUAAAAAGCAACUUCAUUUGACUCUAGCAUAUCACUUUCCAACCAAUCAUUUUUCUUCCUUGGAAAAAUUGGCUAAAGGGAUUGAGGUCAAGCUCGGCUGCGAUUGGCUCGCUGCUAUUUUCUCACGAGACAUAAGAUUUGCGAAUCAUGAGAAUUUGCGAGUGAUGUACCCGUACAAUCCUCAGAAUGAUGAUGAGUUGGAGCUGGUGCUGGGAGACUUCAUCUUCUCAUCGACGGUGGAGCAAAUGAGUACGAGUGAGGGCUGGGUCUACGGUACAUCUCUAUGUACAGGCUUGUCUGGACUGCUGCCCGAGAACUAUGUCAGCCCUGCUGAUGAAUGCGACACAUGGGUCUUCCACGGGUCACACUCCUUCUUUUCUACUAGCCCUUCGGAAAAGGGCUUUAAAGAGAGCAAAUCAUUGGACGGGCUGCUCAGCCUUCGUUGCUUGGAUAACUCAAGGCUGGGAGACUCCACCAUCUUGAGUGUUAUUUGCCCACCUAUGCAGGUGCUGCGAUCCAACCUUCAGUCUUGUCCUCCUAAAAGAACCCUGUUUGUAUGUCGACAUGGAGAGAGAAUGGACGUUGUGUUUGGAAAACAAUGGCUCUCACUGUGUUCGGACUCUAAAGGCAGGUAUGUGAGGAGUAAUCUGAAUAUGCCCGCUGUGCUACCUGCCUGGGGAAAAGCAGACAGAAUGUAUGAAAUGGAUGCUCCUAUUACAGUGGUUGGAUCUACACAGGCCAGGAUAGUGGGUGAGGCUAUACUAGAAAGUAACACCACUAUUGAUUUUGUGUACUGCUCGCCCAGCCUCCGCUGUGUCCAGACAGCUCAUGAUAUCCUUAGAGGGAUGCAGCAAGAUGGCAGAAUAAGUGUUCGAGUGGAACCUGGGCUUUUUGAGUGGACUAAAUGGGUCUCGGGAACAUCUUUGCCUCCUUGGAUACCUCCAACAGAUCUUGCCGCAGCCAAACUCAAUGUAGACACAACAUACAGACCUCACUUUCCCAUUAACAAACUAACCAUGUCUGAGACAUAUGACGCGUAUAUUAGUCGGAGCUACAAGGUGACCAAAGACAUUUUGGCUAACUGCGAAAAUAAAGGAAACAACAUUCUGUUUGUGGCACAUGCUUCUUCUUUGGAGGCUUGUACCCGGCAGAUUCAAGGCCUUUCCCCUCAGAACCCUAAAGAUUUUGUGCAAGUAGUACGAAAGAUUCCAUACCUGGGUCUCUGUUCGUGUGAGGAGCAAGGGGAGACGGGAACAUGGCAGCUGGUAGACCCCCCAAUUCUGCCUCUUACUCAUGGGCCCAAUCACAGCUUCAGCUGGAGAGAGACCCUACAGCAAGAAUGACCUUGUGUUUACAGGGGUUCCUUAAAGGACAACUAUUCUGGAGGAAAGACUGAAAUGUUACCUGCACUGGAAGCACACAACUGAGCAUUUUUAAUAUAUGUCAUUUGUAACAUUCAUGUUUAAAAUUAUGCAAAUUAUAUAUUAAUGUGGGACGUGGCGGAGUUGGACAGAGGAGACUGCACUGUAUAAAAAAACAUAUGUGACCCUGGACAACAAAAUGGGUCUUGUUGGUCAAUUAUUUACAAAUUUGUUAUGAUAGAAUGAUAAUAUCUGGCUGAAAUACAACUGUUUAAGACACUAGAAUCUGAGGGUGCAAAAAAAUCUAAAUAUUGAGAAAAUUGGCUUUGAAGUUGUUAAUCAGAGGAACAAAUAUAGCGUUUUUAUAUAUUUACGGUAUGAACUUAAUAUCUUCAUGGAACAUGAUCUUUACUAAGCAUGAUUUUUGGCAUAAAAGAAAAAUUUAUCAUUUCGGCCCAGUCAAUGUAUUUUUGGCUUUUUUACUUCCAGUGCUUAUUAAGACUGGUUUUGUUAUCCAAGGUCACAUAUAUGAUUUAAUCACUUUUAAUAGGUUAAAAUGCACAGUGAAAUAACGCAGCAGUAACUAUGACAUCACUUCAUACCACAAAUACAUGCCAUUUUCUAAUGACAUGAAAGUGUUUAAAAGGAAUCAGUGUGUCAUCAUCCUAACCUUUGUGCAAAAAGGCAAUAUCCAUAUUAAUGUAAAUAUGGCAAUUAACAUGCAUAUAAGACACAGCUGUGUGGAGCAGGAUUUUGUACCAGUGGAAUUUGAAAGACAAAACAGAUUUACAUGGAGAAGUGCAUUUUAGCACUUGUUACUUUCAUGAUAUGGAAAACGGAUUAAAUUCAAUUCGAGUUUA